AUCACUGGCCCUUGAUGUUGUCCGCCCGGAUUUUGACAAAAUGACAGAGGUUGUUUGAGUGGCAAAUUGUUGUGUUAAACUUUCAGCCGUCACAACACCCAUAGCAUGGACGCUCAAAAGCAAAAUAACGUUACUUACCAAGUAGUAUCGGCACAAAACCACAAUGCAGGCUUUACUUUGUAUAAAAUAUUAAUUAAAGAAUACAAAACGUCUGGUCCACUGGACCAUGUAACCGAAAGUAUUGUUUGGAAAAGAUAUAACGAUUUCAAAACCCUUCAUCAUGAACUGUUUGUGCUGCAUAGGGAACUGUAUCUUCCAGGCCGAUUCCCGUUUUUCGUGAAACCUAAGCUUUUUGGCCGUUUUGACCAAAAAGUGGUCGACGAACGAAUGAAAUGCGCGCAAGAAUUGUUAGAUUUUGCAAAUCAACACAAAGCGUUGUAUCGGUCGUCAUCGUUUAAGCAAUUCUUUGUCCACGCAAAACCGCUGGAAAAUGCAAGUGAGGUGAGAAAACUAAAAGAGAAACCAAUCGCACCAAAAGUUUUGGAAACUGAGGUCAAAACUGAGGCUGAGGUUGGUGAAGUAAGGACGGCAUCAAGUUUGGCGUUAGACGCCGCUGAUUUUAUGAUUUUUGACCCCUUUUCCCAUCAAAAUAACGAUGAAAACAUAGACGUGGCUGCUCAGAACGAAUGGUGCGGCCUUGUGCAGAACUUUAAUGAUUUUGGGCCAAGUAUGUUGCCUGUGACAACAAGUGGAACACCAGCGAAUGAAGCAAAACCAGACCUACCUACAAUUGAAGAUAGUUUCUCCCAUAUUGGGGUAACAUCAACCCCAGUAAAGGACCCCACCCCCCAUGAGAGACUACAUCAUAAACAGACCAACCCUCGCUCCAAUGGAGUCCGUUGUACCUCUGAUGUUUCAACGGAGAAAGAAAUCAUUUUGAAGCCGAAAAUAACGAGAACUAGCAGUAUAGAAAUAGCAAGAGACGAGCAUCGUAAGUCGUCCAAAGCGAGAGCGUAUCUGAACAAAGUGCGGGAAAGUUUGCCGGAUAUAUUUGACGACAAAACUGAUGACCGUGAUACGAGUGUUCCUCAUAGACACACUUCGAACAAUUUCCGUAAAAUUGCGAGCGCGUACGAGUUGCGACCAGAAACUAAUAAAUCGAAUGAAACUUCGAAAAGUUUCAUGGAUUUAAAACGAUUUUUUACAGAUUCCGAUUCAGAAAAAAUUGAGCGAAUUCCAUCGUGUCGACAUUCGUCUGCUGAUUUGUUGAAUUAUAAAGUUUUGGGUUUGACGGGAGACGUUAUACUUGUAAUAGAUGUUGAAACAAACAUGACGUAUGCCAUGAAAGUAAUCCUUAAGUCAAGCAGGAAGAAUUAUCGUGUUCGAAAAGCUGUGAUACCAACUAAUGUACCUUACAUGGUUCGACUGCAUCGGUAUUUUAGUUUAGAGAACUGUAUUUGUUUAAUAUUGGAGUAUGCUGAGGGGGGAAGGUUAUGGGAUCAGUUGGCAUCGUAUAGUGUUCCUUGUGAGGAAGAAGAUCAAUGUCCGGAUGUUAGGACUAAAGAUGAGGAGCAACCUCCCACUGAAGAUGCAGGAAAUAAUGAAACUGCGAAAGAAAACGAAGAUAAAGUUCCGGAAGAGGUUUUGGAGGAAGAUUUAGAAGAGGAAGGGAAGAAAGAUGUCGUUGGGAGCAAAUCGCUUCCGGAGGUAAGUUCUCGGAUGUUUACUAUCGAUAGCGUGAGUUUAAGUGAUGAAGAAUCCGGGUCCUCCGAUGAGGUGGAGCAAGAAGAUAACGCUUUCCUCCUCAGUGAGCAGGAUUUAUCUUUAGUUGCGAUGCAGAACGAUCCAUCGUGUAAUCGGAGUCCCUCGUUGUUAAGGAUUCGCGCGGAUACUUCGUCUCCGUGUUUAUCCAACACUAGUAGCGUGGAUGAAGGAGUUUGUAAUAUAAAGAAAGAUACGACCGAUGUUGAUGAGCACGGGAUCUCAACUGCAGAUGCGAGCGUGAUAUUUUCGAGGUCGAACUCGGCUGCGAUGUUCGAGUUAAAAGAUGAGGAAGAUCAUAAGAUGGAGAAAACACAAGAUGAGGUUGGAGAGAGAUCACCGUUUGAUGUUUUCAGGAGGAUGGAGUCCUCAGUGAGGAAGAUUUAUCGAAUCCCGGAGUCUGUGACGAAACAAUGGAGUGCUGAGGUCAUCGUUGCCAUAGGGACACUACAUUCGGUCGGGAUACUCUGUCGGAACCUCAACCCUAAUAAUAUUCUGCUGAGUAAUGAUGGUAGAAUACGACUCAGCUACUUUGGGAAGUGGAAACACGUUGAAAGAUCGCCAGGGUUCUUGGAAAAAUAUUCCGAAUAUUCUGCUCCGGAAAUUACGAGCGUUAUUUAUAAAAAAACAGAGGCAUGUGAUUGGUGGAGCCUUGGUGCGAUUAUCUAUGAACUCAUUGUCGGUAAAUCAUUAUUAGAAGCCCACCCAUUUGGUAUCGGCUCCCAUGUUACGCUACACUUUCCCGCUUUUGUAUCGGAUGAAGCAAAGUCCCUGCUACAAGGGCUGCUGCAGUUUUAUCCAACGGAGAGGUUGGGGUACGGGGUUCGAGGCCUCGAUGAGAUAAUGUGCCAUCCAUUUUACCAUGGGGUGGAUUGGAACAAACUGGUUGAGGAUUAUCGUAAAUCACAGUAGCUAGGUGCUUGUACCAGGGGUGCGUUCAUUUAUUCUUCACAUGUAGUGCAAUAACUGAAGCAUUUGUUUUGCUGUUUAUCCCUGUAUUGUUUAUAUUGCCCUGAGUCAAAAUAUUUGUCUAGAAUUUUUUCAACUGUUUUAGUGGAACAUCCAAGGGGUAUAACAUGUUGUUUGUAUCUUAAUAAUAAAUAUUGUUCUAAAAUUCUUUAUUGUUUAAUAAGUUGGUAUAUGCCACACAGUAUAAUGUUUCUAUGAGAAAAUGUUUUGCAUAUUUUUUAUUGUUCAAAAAGUUUGUAAAUGUUGGUCAGUAUAAUGUUGUUUCAAUGUUUGCGUUACAGCUUAUCUUACUUCAGUAUAAACGAACAAGUUUGUCCUAUUUUAGUAUUGAAUGAGUAAAAUAUAGAUAAAAUUAUUGCGAAGAUUUUAUGUUUUUGAACUUUUAUUAUGUCCAUAUUUCCAGGACUGCCAGUGUUAUUUAUUUCUAUGUUUUAUUUGCAUUACUAAAAAAUUUGUGCCGCACUGCUAUCAAAUUUCUGCAUUUUGUCAAAGUUUUCAACAUGAAAUAUAAGAUCUUUAUAUCACAAAUGAUAUCAAGUAACUUCCAGCAUCCCCCAAUUACUUCACAAACUCAAUACAAGCCCCCACUUUAUACGGGUUAUAAUAGAAGUAUAAUGGUGAUGGUACUUGGUGGUGCGUUCAAUGGUAGAAUUAACACUUAACUAUUUAUUUUUUUUAG